CUGUCACUUUUCAAAGAACUGACAGAGUGACGGUGCCAACAACUUGAAGGCCGUGUUUUUCUUGAAAUUUCUACCCAAAUUUCCAACUGUUAGGGCUUACUCUUGUAACUUACGUCUUCCUGACGCCACCGAGGAUACAGGUUUUCAGCCAUGACCAGCUACAGGAAGUAUAGCACCAUGGACGUGGUGGACCCCAACGAGCUGAUCAUUUGUCCCUAUGACAAAGUACACCUGGUCCGAGCAUCAAGAAUGCCAUAUCAUCUUAUGAAGUGUCGCAGGAAUUAUACCAGCAAUGACAUGCGGACCUGUCCCUUCAACGCGCGCCACGUUGUGACAAUAGGAGAACAUCGCCACCACAUUUUGAACUGCCCUGACAGGAAAGUACUGGAGGAUCAUGCUAGCCAUGCUCAGAGUAUGGAUGAUGGAGAGGAAGGGUCAUACUUUAAAGGCUGCACAGCUGUCCCCGCCUACAACUCCUGGGAGGCUCCUCCUGCUGAGGAGGACUGGGAAGGGGAGGCAGAACACCACAACACAGCAGCAGCAGCCCAGGCCCAGCAGGAGCAGGAGGGAGAUCAGGAAGUCACUGCCAAGGACCUCGCCCUGAUGACUCCUGCUCAGAAGAAAAACUACAAGAGGAAGCUUAGGAAGGAGCAGGAGAGGAAAGCAGCAGAGAGUGCAGCACUGGUGAAUGGGGCAGCUGGUGCCAACUCCACCAAACUGCGAAUCCCACAGAACUUUGGUGCUGCUGCCUGCCUCCUUCCGCAGCAGCCUACAGUCCAGCAAGGCAUCCAGCCUGCACAGCCAAAUAACCUGACGUACUCCCUGAACAUGGGCGGGGUCGGGCGGGGUCUGCUGAUGAGUCAGAGGUCAGCAGGGCCUCCACCAAUCAAAAGGCCAGGGCCAAGGAUUGCUGCCAACAUCUUUGGGGAUUCCGCAGCUGCACCAGCUCCACAACAUCAGGCGAUGAGCAACGGUUACAACAGCACAACCAUGCAAAACCAGAGCCUUACCAACGGCCAUGGUACCCCAACUGUAGAAGCAGCAGUGUCACACACCCAGGGUUUUACCAAUGGUCACAGCAUCACCCCAGCCACAGCACAGAUGCCACAGAACCAGGCAGUUACCAACGGCCACAGUAACGGGGUGUCCGCUGCUGCCAUGGCUCCCCCCAGCACCCGUCCGCUGUCCGACGCUGAGCUGCUGAUGUGCCUGGGGCGUGGGAGGGGCCUGUCCGGGUACAGGCAGAUGCUUCAGCCAACUGUGGGACAGGCUGUAGCCAGGAGCAGCUCCAAUGGAAGCAUUCCAGAACUGGAAGGCCUGACAAACGGCAACAGCAGUCCUUGCGGUGCAGCCGUUGCCUCCUCCCUCCCCCCUCCCCCUCCCUGCUUUGACUCCCCCUCUUCUUCUGCCUCCGACUCCCAGACUGAAGUGUCUGACGAGAAGGUAGGUGAUUCUAAGAAGAAGAGGCUUUACAAGCUUCAGAAGAAGUUGGCUCAGAUCGCAGCUCUGGAGGCUAACACUGGUCAGGGGAGGCAGCUGAGCGAGAAGGAGAAGGCGAAGGUCCAGACAAAGGCAGCUCUGCAGGCAGAGCUGAUGGAGCUGGAGUGGCAGCUGCACGACCUGGGGCUGGGGGAGAAGUGAGUUAAGAAGGGAGAGGACAGCUGUGGCCAAAGAGACUGGUAUGAAAGUGAGAUGGUUCCUGGAGACACAAAGACUCCCGGUGACUGAACUAUUAUUUACAGAGGUUCAGUUUGUUUGGAUGUUACUUUCACCUUAGUACAAGUGGAGGAGGAUGUAGAGGGACGUGUGAAGAAGCCUCAAGAAAUAGAUUUGUUUGUUGGUAAAGUUUGUUGUUCUUGUUUUUAACCAUAUUCAGUAUUUCAUCAGCGCACACCAAUUUCUUUCUGUGGAUCGCAAUACAUUUUUGCAGGGAAAA